CCAAUUGCAAGCUCACAAAUUCCACAAUAAUUAGUAUUGGACGGUUCAAAAUAACAUUAACUUACAAAAAAAAUUAAAUUCUUCUUAUUUUUUCUUCCAUAAAUACCUAUCCAUUUACAGUCACUUCUUAUCAAAUCAAAACAAUUUCAUUUUUUCUUUAGCAAAGGAAAGAUGACUAAAGAAGUAACAGAUUUUUCAGCAAAAGACUAUACUGACCCUCCACCAGCACCAUUAGUAGACUUUGAAGAAUUAAGACAAUGGUCAUUUUACAGGGCUAUUAUUGCUGAAUUUAUAGCCACUUUGUUGUUCCUUUAUGUUACUAUUUUGACAGUAAUUGGGUACAAACACCAAGCAGAUGUAGAUGCUGGAGGUGAUGUUUGUGGUGGAGUUGGUAUUCUUGGUAUUGCUUGGGCUUUUGGUGGCAUGAUUUUCAUUCUUGUCUACUGCACCGCCGGUAUCUCUGGAGGACACAUCAACCCAGCAGUGACAUUUGGGCUGUUUUUGGCAAGAAAAGUAUCACUAAUCAGAGCAGUAUUGUACAUGGUAGCACAAUGUUUGGGUGCCAUUUGUGGUGUUGGGUUUGUCAAAGCUUUUCAAUCAGCUUAUUAUAAUAGAUAUGGUGGUGGUGUUAAUGUCAUGGCUGGUGGUCAUAGCAAGGGUGUUGGAUUAGGUGCUGAAAUCAUUGGUACCUUUGUUUUGGUCUACACUGUCUUCUCUGCCACCGACCCCAAGAGGAAUGCCAGAGACUCCCACGUACCCGUGUUGGCACCACUUCCAAUUGGAUUUGCUGUGUUCAUGGUACAUUUAGCCACUAUACCAGUUACUGGAACUGGCAUUAAUCCAGCUAGGAGUUUUGGUGCUGCUGUUAUUUUCAAUGGUGACAAGGCGUGGGACGAACACUGGAUUUUCUGGGUUGGUCCAUUUAUUGGAGCGUUCAUCGCGGCCUUCUACCACCAGUUUGUCCUCCGUGCAGGCGCAAUUAAAGCUCUAGGUUCAUUCAGGAGCAAUGCCUGAUUUCAAAUUUCAUCAAUCCAAUGAAUAAGAAGAAGAAAAAAAAAUGUACAUAAUAAGAAGGAAAAAAAAGUGUUUGUUUUUUUAUCCUAUGAAUUCCCCUUCUCUUUUGUGUAUUUGUUUUCCCAUCAAAUCUUGUUUGUAUCUUUAAAUUAUUAUUAAACUUAAAUGUUGUGUUACAAAGUUUAAGUUCGAUCAAUAGUUUCAACUCACAUUGUUGUAACCGAAA